CCGCAGCCAUGGCGAUAGGACCGUCAACCCUCCUGAUCACAGAGUGGACACUCAUAGCCUUAUCGACAGUCGUCAUCAUCGCCCGAAUCUAUCUCCGUCUCGUCAUCCAAAAACGAAGACUCAUGGACAGCGACAUAUGGAUGAUUUUGGCAUGGGCAGCUGGUAUUACCGUGGCAUCGUUCUGCGUCACGUAUGUUCACAUGGGCGUCAUGGAGCCAUCGGUGGACGGCACUUUGAAGGACUAUGAUGGAACUCGCGAGGAUAAAGAGUUCAUUCUCAAGUUGCUUUGGAUCUGUGCUCUGCCUUUCUUCACGGCGUUUUAUCUCUGCAAAGCGGCACUGCUUGCUGUCUAUCGCCAAGUCAUUCCUGUUCAUAUGCACAAGAGAAGAAUGUUUCUUUGGGCCACUGCUCUUUACGUUGCACUCUCUUAUAUCGUCACUAUGGUCCUUCCAUUUUGUGUCUGUAUCCCGGUCACUCGGUUUUGGUCAUUGGAACCUGACAAUAAAUGCCCGCGUAAUGCCGCAAGUAUGUUCUUGAAGACCUCUUGGGCUCUGCAUUUUGCUGGCGAUGUAUUCAUCUUUAUUCUUCCCUGGCUGAUCGUACCUGAUCUCAUGGUCAAAGGAUGGCUGCGAGUUGGUGUUUAUUUGACCUUCCUACUCGGCAUCAUCAACAUGGUCAUCAGUGUUGUACGCUUUCAUGAACUAUUCAUCGCCGGAGCCAACCGCAAGGUCUCCAUUGUGGAAGCCCACUUUUGGAAUACUCUUGACCUAUAUCUCGGUCUGGUCAUCGCAUGUCUCCCUUCAUUACGGCCGUACUUUAACCUCGCUGCCAACUCACGCGCAUUCAACAGCAUUCGAGGAAAGGGAACGAGCCAAAGUAGUCGCUACACCACCGACUCCAUCCAGAAGCCAGAAGCAGCGAGACUCACGCAGGAUCAAUCGGGCAUUUCACCUAGACGACCAAUUGGACGCUCAUCACAUUCAUCACGAGAUUUUGACUUGGAGUCUUGCGCUGGCUCUUCAGAUUCACAUGAGGAUGCCAAGAACAAGGCUUUUGAGAUUGAAUUGGCUCGGGUUCGUACUCGUGCAAGGGAGGCAUCUGACGAGUAG